AUGCCCAAAAGAAAGGCUGAAUGGGAUACUAAAGGAGAUAAAGCCAAGGUGAAGGACGAGCCACAGAGAAGAUCGGCAAGGUUGUCCGCUAAACCUGCACCUCCAGAGCCAGAGCCCAAGCCUAAAAAGGCCCCUGCAAAGAAGGAAGAGAAGGUACCGAAAGGGAAGAAGGAGAAGGUCGAUGCUGGUAAGGAUGCCAAUAAUCCUGCAGAGAAUGGAGACGCCAAAACAGACCAGGCACAAAAAGCUGAAGGUGCUGGAGACACCAAGUGAAAUGUGUGCGUUUUUGAUAACUGUGUACUUCUGGUGACUGUACAGUUUGAAAUACUAUUUUUUAU